AUGAUGGCGUACACUAUACUACUGAGGAACAUUACCCCGACCCAACAGCAGAACAUCAGGCCUUACCGAGGCUACGGCAACUCCGCGGAGCUCGCGUACAACCACCUGAAGAACCUGUAUCAAGCAACAGACAGUGUGAACCAAAGCCGGUUAAUGGCGCAGCUGACAACAAUAGAAAUGAAGCCAGGCGAGAAAGGCAUGGAGUAUAUCAGCCGCUGCCGCGAGCUGCGCGACAGGCUCCUUCGAUGUGGAGAACGAACACGCGCAUUAGCAACAAUACAACACUCGACAGCAGCAGAGACAACAUCGACAGCAGCAGAGACAUCGUCGGCAGCAGCAGAGACAUCAUCGGCAGCAGCAGAAACAACAACGACAGCAGCAGAGACAUCAUCGGCAGCAGCAGAGACAACAUCGGCAGCAGCAGCAGGAACAACGACACCAGUCCUCGUCGACGAAGAACCACCAACACCCGCACAGCAGUUGAAACCAACUCCACGAGAAGCCCACAGAAGCGCAAACUUCGUCGCCAGCUUCUACUCCAACUCCGACACGUAUCGACGAUCACCCGGACAUCGCGCCUCCGAAGAAACCUGGCACGCACGAUUGGGACAUCCAAGCAACACAGUCUUAAACAACACGAUAAGAGCAGGAGUUCUCGACAAAGACUCCCUACUACUACCCGACGGCAAAGAACUUCAAAAGGCACGAGGGACUUGUCUUACCUGCCCCGAAGCUGACUUACCACAUCGACCGUUCGCUCCUCAUCACAACCCGAGCGCACCGGCGUACGCACCACUCGAGAAGGUGUACAGCGACAUCCUCUACAAUCGCGAACCAGGACAAGUCGCCUACAACUAUACGAUUACCUUCAUCGACGCCGCCACUCGAUAUGUCUGGCAUCUAAACCUACCAAGCCGCGACAUGGCACUCGCAGCGUUCGCCGCCUGGCUACCAGUAGCAGAACGAGAGUCAGGAGCACAGCUGAAAAGCUUCCAGUCAGACGGAGGAGGAGAAUACACCUCUCAGCGCUUCAAGCAGUACCUGGCUGAAAGAGGAAUCAAGCAACUCCUCUCCCUUCCCUACGCCCAUCAGUAG